AUGCGCUUCCUAUCUUUCGCCGCUGUCGGACUCUCCUCCCUCCUCCAUCUUGCAGCAUCGCAAGAUCUUUCUAGUCUCCCAGCAUGUGCUGUGACCUGCGCCGUCAACGCCAUCUCUAGCACCGGCUGUGCUGCCACCGAUGCUGCCUGUGUGUGCCAGGCAAGCAGUUUCCUCACUGGAGUGUAUACGUGCAUUUCUGCUUCUUGCAGUGCAGAUGAUAUAGCUGCAACUCUGCAAUUUGCCCAACAAUACUGCGGAUCGGCGGGCAUCAGCAUUACCCUCCCCACGGCCUCUGCCACUGCCGGACCGACUUCCACGCCGAGCUCAGCAGCCAGUAGCCCAGCGACAGCUUCCGCCUCCGUGACCAGCAGCUCUGUGCCAGCGAGCGGCGCCCCCGCUGCAACCUUUACUGGUGGAGCGCAGAUCUUGAAGCAACAGUGGGCAGGCGUUGCUGGGAUGAUUGGACUGGGUGUUGCCGCCGUGCUGAAGCUGGUAUUGAGCACGCCAUCAACUCUCGCACUACCCCCAGCGUCUCCGAACUGGUCAAACCGAUCACACCAGAAGGAAAAAGGAGCCGAUGCCGUGGUCGUCUUCACUGCGGCCAGGGCUGGGGGUACGCGUGACCUUACGCCCAAUCUCCUCAAGCGAGGCGGACGGUUCGUCUGUGUUGGCGCGCCACCGAACGGGAUUGUCUUCGACUCAAUGGCUUAUGAAACGUAUCUCGAAGUCCGGGCAAGUCUCGGCAAAGCGUUGUGGAAGACGGAUUAG